AUGACGACCGCCGACCGCAUCUCGAGUCUUCCCGUAGAGCUCCUCGAAAGCAUCCUCCUGCACGUAGACAACAACACAUUACUACUCAGCCAGCGAGUUAACACACGCUUCCAUGACACAAUCCCGGGCUCCGUCAGGCUGCAAGAGAAGCUCUUCUUCCGUCAGCCACUUCACAGCUCUGGCGUAACUAUUAGCAACUUCCGCGAAAACUUCAACCCUCUCCUGCCGUGGGAGACCAUCGUGACUCGCCCGCUCUACCCAAUUCCACAGCCUCCUGAGUGUUUACCAGCCGAGGUCUUCGGAUUCGGAAUGGACGUCGGGCUGACUGACGUUUUCGUCGAAGGGACUUCUUUCGGAAACUCCAUUUGGGUCAUCGCGGUUGACUUUACCGGCGAGACGUGCUGGGCGGGCCUUGAGAGCUGGCGGCGUAUGUUCUUAAUGCGGGACGCAGUGCCUGGGCUUGGUGUGCUCGUGCAAUGGAUGGGCAGGGACGUGAAGGGGAAUUUGGAUGGGGGUGAGGAGACGGAGGAAGAGGCUACUGGGCUCCUGAUGCUAGACAAUCCGGAAUGGCAUAGGAGCGGAACUCGGAUGGCUACAAUGGGCAAAGUCUUCGAUGAUGCGAAGAAGUUGGCAGUUCGCAAAGGUUUCGUGGACGGCGACGAUUUGGUGGAACCUCAUCAAGAAUCAUGA